CCCCGCCCGCGCGGAACGCAUUCGGCCCGGCAGCGCGAACAGCCUCACUCCUGGGGCCGGGAGACCGCGAGCUGCCGGCUCACCCUCCGCUAGCCGGGGCGAUACCCCGAGGCCCCAGAGGGACCCCGACUCCAGCCACGUCUCGCUCUGCGCCCGCUCGCCCGGCCGCCUGCACGCGCGGCAGAGACUCUGGGCCACACCUGGGUGGCGCCGCCCGGUGCCCGGCGCGCCCGCAUGGGCCAGCGCUGAGGGCACCGACGGAGAGUCCCGCGCAGGGAGUCGGCGUCUACCCUCCCGGGUGGGGGUCAGACGUGGGGGGGCUAGGGCCCCCCAAACUCGGAUCGGGUCCUACCAAGUGAGGCGGCGCCAUGGAGCUCCGGGCGCUGCUCUGCUGGGCUUCUCUCGCCGCUGCUUUAGAAGAGACCCUACUGAACACAAAACUGGAAACUGCUGAUCUGAAGUGGGUGACAUUCCCCCAGGUGGAGGGGCAGUGGGAAGAGCUGAGUGGCCUGGAUGAGGAGCAGCACAGUGUGCGCACCUAUGAGGUGUGUGACGUGCAACGAGCUCCAGGCCUGGCCCACUGGCUGCGGACUGGCUGGGUCCCUCGGCGUGGAGCCGUCCACGUGUAUGCCACUCUGCGCUUCACCAUGCUUGAGUGCCUGUCCUUGCCACGGGCUGGACGCUCCUGCAAGGAGACCUUCACCGUCUUCUAUUAUGAGAGUGAUGCCGACACAGCCACAGCCCUCACACCAGCCUGGAUGGAGAACCCCUAUAUCAAGGUGGACACAGUGGCUGCUGAGCAUUUGACCCGGAAGCGCCCUGGGGCUGAGGCCACAGGGAAGGUGAACGUUAAGACACUUCGUCUGGGACCACUCAGCAAAGCUGGCUUCUACCUGGCCUUCCAGGACCAGGGUGCCUGCAUGGCCUUGCUGUCCCUUCACCUCUUCUACAAGAAAUGCCCCCAGCUGACUGUGAACCUAACCCGCUUCCCGGAGACCGUGCCUCGGGAGCUGGUGGUGCCUGUGGCAGGGAGCUGUGUGGCUGAUGCCAUCCCUAGCCCUGGCCCUGGCACCAGCCUAUACUGUAGGGAGGACGGCCAGUGGGCUGAGCAGCCAGUCACAGGUUGCAGCUGUGCUCCAGGGUUUGAGGCUGCCGAGGGGAACACCAAGUGCCGAGCUUGUGCCCAGAGCACUUUCAAGCCUCUGUCAGGAGAGGGGUCCUGCCAGCCCUGCCCAGCCAAUAGCCAUUCUAACACCAUUGGAUCACCUGUCUGCCAAUGCCGCAUUGGGUACUUCCGGGCCCCCAUGGACCCCCGGGGUGCACCUUGCACCACCCCUCCCUCUGCUCCACGAAGCGUGGUUUCCCGCCUGAAUGGCUCUUCCCUGCACCUGGAGUGGAGUGCCCCCCUUGAGUCUGGCGGCCGAGAUGACCUCACUUACGCACUCCGAUGCCGAGAGUGCCGCCCCGGGGGCGCCUGCACAGCCUGCGGUGGAGACCUGACCUUUGACCCUGGCCCCCGAGACCUGGUGGAGCCCUGGGUGGCAGUUCGAGGGCUGCGUCCUGACUUCACCUAUACCUUUGAGGUCACUGCCUUGAAUGGGGUGUCCUCAUUAGCCACGGGGCCUGUCCCGUUUGAGGCUGUCAAUGUCACUACCGACAGAGAGGUGCCCCCUGCAGUGUCUGACAUCCGGGUGACACGGUCAUCACCCAGCAGCUUGAGCCUGGCCUGGGCUGUUCCCCGGGCACCCAGUGGCACUGUGCUGGACUAUGAGGUCAAGUACCAUGAGAAGGGCACCGAGGGCCCCAGCAGUGUGCGGUUUCUGAAGACAUCAGAAAACCGGGCGGAGCUUCGGGGUCUGAAGCGAGGAGCCAGCUACCUGGUCCAAGUGCGGGCACGCUCUGAGGCUGGCUACGGGCCCUUUGGCCAGGAGCACCACAGCCAGACGCAGCUGGAUGAAAAUGACAGCUGGCGGGAGCAGCUGGCCCUGAUUGCAGGCACAGCGGUCGUGGGUGUGGUGCUGGUCUUGGUGGUCAUUGUCAUCGCAGUUCUCUGCCUCAGGAAGCAGAGCAAUGGGAGAGAAGCAGAAUACUCAGAUAAACAUGGACAGUAUCUCAUCGGGCAUGGUACUAAGGUCUACAUUGACCCCUUCACUUAUGAAGACCCUAAUGAGGCUGUGAGGGAAUUUGCCAAAGAGAUUGAUGUCUCCUAUGUCAAGAUUGAAGAAGUGAUUGGUGCAGGUGAAUUUGGUGAGGUGUGCCGGGGUCGACUCAAGGCCCCCGGGAAGAAGGAGAGCUGCGUGGCCAUCAAGACCUUGAAGGGGGGCUAUACAGAGCGGCAGCGGCGAGAGUUCCUGAGUGAAGCCUCCAUCAUGGGCCAGUUUGAGCACCCCAACAUCAUUCGCCUCGAGGGCGUGGUCACCAACAGUGUGCCAGUCAUGAUCCUCACAGAGUUCAUGGAGAACGGCGCUCUGGACUCCUUUCUACGGCUGAAUGAUGGACAGUUCACAGUCAUCCAGCUGGUGGGCAUGUUGCGGGGCAUUGCCUCAGGCAUGCGGUACCUUGCUGAGAUGAGCUAUGUCCACCGAGACCUGGCUGCCCGAAACAUCCUAGUCAAUAGCAACCUUGUCUGCAAAGUGUCUGACUUUGGCCUCUCCCGGUUCCUGGAGGAGAACUCCUCAGAUCCCACCUACACGAGCUCUCUGGGAGGAAAAAUUCCUAUUCGGUGGACAGCCCCCGAGGCCAUUGCCUUCCGGAAGUUCACAUCUGCCAGUGAUGCUUGGAGUUAUGGGAUUGUGAUGUGGGAGGUGAUGUCGUUUGGGGAACGGCCAUAUUGGGACAUGAGCAAUCAGGAUGUGAUCAAUGCCAUCGAACAGGACUACCGGCUCCCUCCGCCCCCAGACUGCCCCACCUCCCUCCACCAGCUCAUGCUAGACUGCUGGCAGAAGGACCGCAAUGCCCGACCCCGCUUUCCCCAGGUGGUCAGCGCCCUGGACAAGAUGAUCCGGAACCCUGCCAGCCUUAAAAUUGUGGCCAGGGAAAAUGGCGGGGCCUCGCACCCCCUACUUGAUCAGCGGCAGCCUCACUACUCAGCUUUUGGCUCUGUGGGUGAGUGGCUUCGAGCCAUCAAGAUGGGAAGAUAUGAAGAAAGUUUUGCAGCCGCUGGGUUUGGCUCCUUUGAGCUGGUCAGCCAGAUCUCUGCAGAGGACCUGCUCCGAAUCGGAGUCACUUUGGCUGGACACCAGAAGAAAAUCUUGGCCAGUGUCCAGCACAUGAAGUCCCAGGCCAAGCCCGGAGCCCCGGGUGGGACAGGAGGACCAGCGCCACAGUACUGACCUGCAGGAACUUUCCACCCCAAGGACAUGGCCUCCCCUUCUUCCUGGGGCAAAGUGGGGACUCCUAGAGGCCCCCAUCCCUGUGCCCCAUUGGAUUGCACUUUGAACCCAUCUGGGUGGGGAGUUGGCAAUUUGCAGAGACAGGACUUGAGGGUUCUACCAUAUGGGAGUGAAGAAAUCACCCCCCAUCAAGAGUGGGUAACCCCAGACCAAGGAUGAGGGUGCAUUUCCCUUGGGUCUGGAUGUGACCAAAGGGAAAGGAAGGGCCCAUAAUCUCCCAACCUCCCCAGAGGGCUCCCACACCUUGACAGGUGUGUUCCUGCAGACCAAAGAGAGGGUGACUAGCCUGUUAGCUCCAGAGCAGAGCCUGUCCUCAAGGCAGGAAGGGGUACCAUGGCCCAGUGACAGAAUCAUUGGGCUUUGAUGUCCCAACUUGCUGCUGUGCCACCAAACUCAACCAUUUUUCCCUUGUAAAUGCCCUUCCCCCAUCUGCUGCCUUCAUAUUGAAGGUUUUUGAGUUUUGUUUUUGGUCUUAUCCUCCCAACCCCAAACCUUUUGUUUUGUUCUUCUACAGUCCUUGUCAUAACUUUUUGUGUUAGAGGUCACCUGUUUCACUGUCGCAUUGCCUCCUUUGCCCAAGUUGAAACAGGGACCUGUCCUCGUGUCUUUCCAGAACAGUGCCUUGGUCACACCACAACCCCAGACAUUCCCUUGCCCCCCCCCAAACCCCUUCAGGCUGUGUCUGUGGGGGGUGAUUGGUGAAAGGGGCUAUGAGGUGGUGGUAGAAACCAGAGACAGACACUGGUGCUCGGAGGGAUUUUUAAAUUAUAUUUAAAAAACAACUUUUUGUAUAAAUAAAAGAAAAUGGGAUGUGC